UCAAGCAUAAAAUAGACUGUCUGAAUAGAUGAUCGACUUUACGACAUCGAGCCCACUUACGUUAUGCGGCAGUAAUCAGCGGCAGUGUAGAGGUAGAGAGAAAAUGACACUCGCCUAACGAUAGCUUACCCUGGACCACCACUGUCCGUCCUAGUACAUCAUGGCCAGCAGGCUGAUGAACGAAGCUCCCAAAUGGGUAGUUUUGAUAAUUUGGCUGUUGACAAAUGUUGGCUUAUUUAUUGGAUAUUUCUUUUACUACUACAAUGGAGAGAAAUUCUUCUACAUUAGAAAAAUUGUUGGGCUUGGUCUUCCUUUUGCUAGAGGUGCUGCAGCUUGUUUGAACUUUAAUUGUAUGCUGAUAUUACUACCAGUAUGCAGGAAUUUGAUAUCAUUUUUACGAAAGUCUUGUACAUGCUGUAAACGAAACAUGCGCCGCCAACUUGACAAAAACAUAACAUUCCAUAAAUACAUAGCUUACAUGAUAUGUUUGCACACAGCCAUCCAUGCAGGAGCACACUGCUUCAAUGUGGAGUUCUUUGUAGAUGCACAAAGCCCUACAAUAAACAAAGAUGAGGCAGCACUGUUGACAGCUCUCAGUUCAAUAGCUGGGGGAAAUGGCACUGCAGCUAUUAACCCUGUCAGGUUACCAAAUGCUAGUCCUGUACUUGAAGCUUUAAAACUGAUAGCAGGAGUAACAGGGAUUGUCAUCACUCUAGCCUUGAUAGUUAUGGUUUCUUCAUCUACUGACUUCAUCAGACUUCACUAUUUUGAGGCCUUCUGGUUCACUCAUCAUUUGUUCAUUGUUUUCUACAUUGCCUUGGUGGUGCAUGGGAUACAAGGUGUUGUAACAUUCCAAGAAAAUGUGUCAGAACAUAACCCUGAGAAGUGCUCACAGGAACCACUGGACUGGGGGAAAGAAGNACCCCUUUGCUGUAAACGAAACAUGCGCCGCCAACUUGACAAAAACAUAACAUUCCAUAAAUACAUAGCUUACAUGAUAUGUUUGCACACAGCCAUCCAUGCAGGAGCACACUGCUUCAAUGUGGAGUUCUUUGUAGAUGCACAAAGCCCUACAAUAAACAAAGAUGAGGCAGCACUGUUGACAGCUCUCAGUUCAAUAGCUGGGGGAAAUGGCACUGCAGCUAUUAACCCUGUCAGGUUACCAAAUGCUAGUCCUGUACUUGAAGCUUUAAAACUGAUAGCAGGAGUAACAGGGAUUGUCAUCACUCUAGCCUUGAUAGUUAUGGUUUCUUCAUCUACUGACUUCAUCAGACUUCACUAUUUUGAGGCCUUCUGGUUCACUCAUCAUUUGUUCAUUGUUUUCUACAUUGCCUUGGUGGUGCAUGGGAUACAAGGUGUUGUAACAUUCCAAGAAAAUGUGUCAGAACAUAACCCUGAGAAGUGCUCACAGGAACCACUGGACUGGGGGAAAGAAGGAAAAUGUCCAGUGCCUAGGUUCCAAAAUGGAACAGCAGGGACCUGGAAAUGGGUGCUGGCACCCAUGAUUUUUUAUUUCAUUGAAAGAUGCAUUAGAUUUUUCCGAAGUCAACAAAAAGUAACUAUUACAAAGGUAAUCAAACAUCCAUCCAGGGUCAUUGAGCUUCAAAUGCAGAAAGCAGGCUUUCAAGCAGAAGCAGGGCAGUAUGUCUUCCUUCACUGCCCCAGUAUUUCUAAGUUAGAAUGGCAUCCUUUUACACUUACUUCAGCCCCAGAGGAUGACUAUUUUUCCUUGCACAUCCGGCUGGUGGGAGACUGGACCAAUGCCUUGGCUGGGGCUUGCCAUGCUGACAGCAGAGGAGACCAGAAAGGAAGCUCUAAACUACCCAGCAUUGCUGUCGAUGGUCCAUUUGGCACAGCAACUGAGGAUGUGUUCCGUUACCAAGUGGAUGUAUUUGUAGGGACAGGAAUAGGGGUCACUCCCUUUGCCUCGGUGCUCAAACACAUCUGGCAUAAAUGCAAUAACAGCAACUUUGAAACCAAGCUGACAAAGGUCUACUUCUACUGGAUCUGUCCUGACACCAAUGCUUUUGAGUGGUUCACUGAUCUGCUCAGUUCCUUGGAGGUACAGAUGGCAGAACAAGGAAAAGCAGAUUUCUUGGACUAUAAUAUCUAUUUGACUAGAGGCUGGGACUCUGAUCAGGCCAAGAAUAUUAUGUUACAGGAUGAGGAAGCAACAGAUGCUGUGACAGGAUUGCAAAAGAAAACCAACUAUGGCCGCCCCAACUGGGACCAUAUUUUCCAGGAUAUAGCAGAGCAACAUGUCGAUACAAGAAUAGGAGUCUUCUUUUGUGGACCCAAGGCACUAUCUGCUACACUGCACAAAAUGUCCAACCGGUAUUCCAGCCCGAACCCUAAUGGGACUCACUUUGUGUACAACAAGGAGAACUUCUGAAAAGUGAACUCAUUCAUACAGACAGAAAACUGUGAUAAUCUAUAACAAAAUAAAAAUUUGGUCAGUUUUUAAGAUGUGGUUCCUUAAUCUCUGUAAGUGUUCAAAUGUAUUUUUUGCUGUAGUGGGCCAGAAUAAUGAUUUUUUUUUCCUUUUCAAUAAACGUUUAUUUAAAGGUCAGAGAUGAAAUUGAUAGUAAUAAUAUUUCUAUACAAAAUAUUUUUCAUUUAUUGUGUAAUAAAUCAAUAGAAGAAAAAAUGCACAAGAAAUUUAAAAUAGAUUAGCAAGUAAACAGAAUAAUUAGUGUUUAAUUUUUUUUUUUUUUUUGGCAAAAUUUUGAAUGUUGAUCAAAUCUUUAUUUUAAUGCAAACAGAAACAUCUCUACUUAUGUAUUAAUUGUUUAUUAUACAGGUACUAUGUUCACUUGUGUGUUGCAUCAAUCUCUCAGGAAGCUUAAUAUAUUUGAGAUUUCCUUUGUAUACUUUAAUCUCAAAAGUGGUGCUUACUAGUAUAUUGUUGUAACUGUUUUUUCCAGUAAUUUGAUGUGCAAGUAAACAAACAUGAGCUGUAUGUAUGCAGUUCUUUAAAAAAUUAUCUCUUCAUGUAGCCAAGUUUUGGACCUGAUGGGGACCAGCUUUUCUAUACAGUGUGUUUAUUUUGAUAGUAAAAUAGUAAAAACUUUCUGUGGACAUGUAUGCCAGCCAAUGCAUACUUGUCGGAUAGUGAAGAACCUCUUGAUAUGAUGCCUGAGAACAUGCAGAUUAGGCUGCCUUUCAUCUGUUGUGUAAGUUUACAUUUAGCUGUACCUAGGAAUGUGAAAAUUUGUGCAUACAAUUUUAAAAGGUCUGGUUACGCCUCUGCAUGUAAUACAUGUAUACACCUGCAUGUAUAUAACAUACUAGUUCAUGUAUCCAUGUAACUUUCUGGUUUCUGGUUCUGCAGUUCUUAUUGUAAAAAGUGUUCACAGUUAAAAGGUACUGUAGAGUCUAACACAAUUUUUUUUCACCUUAGUACAAAAAAAAGUUAAAUUUGUGCAAAUGUAGUGUGGAAAUGAUCUUGAAAAUAUACAAAUGUAUACCCUUACUAGUCU